GAAUGUUCGUCCGCUUAUAAUAGAGGCAGGGAGCAGUGCCAAAGAUGCAGCAAUGGGAGGAGGACAUCAUCAGGCUGGUCCAGCACAGGGAGGAGAUGAAGGUGAAGCUGCUGGCGCUGCAGGAGAUGCGGUUGUGGCUUGUGCUGACCACCACAACAAGCACAGCAAAUUCCUGGCCGCUGCCCAGAACCCGGCUCAUGAGCCCAGUCCAGGAGCCCCACCCCCCCAGGAGCUUGGGGCUGCCGACCACCAUGGUGAUCUUUGUGAGGUGAGCCUCACCGACAGCGCCGAGCCUGUGCAAGGAGAGGCCAAGGAGGGUUCUCCCAACCACGACCCUACUGCACAGCCCAUCGUGCAGGACCACCAGGAGCACCCAGGCUUGGGCAGCAACCGCUCUGUGCCAUUCUUCUGCUGGGCUCGGCUGCGGAGAAGAAGGAGAUAAACAUCACAAUCAUCAAAGAGCUGGUCAAGACAUUUUUGAAAAAGAAACAAAGUUAUGGGGUUAAUCUCCUACACAAUCCAUUUACUUCAUUUGAAUGUUAGAGCCACUCAUGAUUAUUUGUGCUUCUAAUUUAUAGUUUAAGUUUAUUUGUAAAAAUUUAAAAGAGAGUGGGUCUCUGUGGCCUUCACUGAGGUUCACUCUGGCAUCCUUUAGCA